ACUGGCGUGUGGGCCCUCGUAGUUCAGCAUUGCUCGCACACCGUACCCUAGUUCUGUCCUGAACCCUCGCGCCGCCGCCGCCUAGCAUUUCCCUAUCCCCGACCCGAUCUAACCAAACCCUAACGAAGCCUGAGCCACCCCAGCUCGCCGCCGCCGGACUACGAUGGGCUUCGAAGUGGGCUUCGUCCCCUACAAUCCCGACGGGUGGGGGCCGCCCGCCGCCGACGCCGCGCCGCCCUCCCUCGGCGGGGGCUCGGCGUCCGUCCCCUUCGCCCCCUUCUCCCGCUCCGACAAGCUGGGCCGCAUCGCCGACUGGACCCGCAACCCCCCGGGCCCCGCGGCGUUCGCCGCCGCCCGCGACACCGUCUUCGACUUCGCGGGGCUCGAGGACUCCGCCGGGCUCGCAUCCGCGGACGACGCCUCCUUCCGCCUCGUCGACGGCAAGCCUCCGCCGCGACACCCGCGGUUCGGCCCCAGGUGGCGCUUCCAGCAGCGGCCCCAGCUCCCGCAGCGCCGCGACGAGGAGGUCGAGGCGCGCCGCCGCGAGGCCGAGAAGGAGCGCGCCCGCCGCGACCGCCACUGGCAGCAGAAUCGCCGCACGCACCACCAAUUCAACUUCAACCGCGGCGGCCCCUCCUCCUCGUCCGCCAAGCCGUCCGUGGACAUCCAGCCCGAGUGGUCGGUGAAGGAACAGAUCCCCUUCUCCUCCUUCUCCAAGCUCUCCUUCGCCGUCGCUGACCAGCCCGAAGAUCUCCUCGUCUGCGGCGCCGUCGAGUUCUACGACCGCGCCUACGACCGCGUCACCCCCAGAGCGGAGCGCCGCCUCGAGCGCUUCAAGUCACGCAACUUCUUCAAGGUCACCACCACGGACGAUCCCGUCAUCCGCCGUCUUGCCGAGAAUGACACGGCCACGGUCUUCGCCACUGACACCAUCCUCGCCGCGCUCAUGUGUGCUCCUCGCAGCAUCCAGUCCUGGGACAUUGUCAUUCAGCGCGUUGGCAAUAAGUUGUUCUUUGACAAGCGCGACGGCUCUCAGCUUGAUCUGCUCACCGUCAAUGAAACCGCCCAGGAUCCACUCCCUGAAGCCAAGGAAGAUAUCAACUCUGCACACUCGCUCGCGGUGGAGGCGACCUACAUCAAUCAGAACUUCUCCCAGCAAGUGCUGCUCCGUAAUGGUGAGAAGGUCACUUUUGAUGAGCCUAACCCGUUUGCCACUGAGGGGGAGGAGGCUGCUUCUGUUGCUUACCGUUACCGCCGCUGGAAGUUUGAUGAUGAGACCAGCUUGGUUGCUCGUUGUGAGGUUCACGCCGUGAAUGUUGAUCCUCGUGGUGAGCGCCAGUUCCUUACACUCAACGCACUUAAUGAAUUUGAUCCCAAGGUUACUGGUGUUGACUGGAGGAAGAAGGUCGAGACCCAGCGGGGUGCUGUGCUUGCUACCGAGCUCAAGAACAAUGCCAACAAACUUGCUCGCUGGACUGCCCAGGCAUUGCUUGCCGGUGCAGACAUGAUGAAGUUGGGUUACGUGUCACGACUGCACCCCCGUGAUCACUACAACCAUUCCAUACUCAGUGUGAUUGGGUACAAGCCAAGGGAUUUUGCUGCACAGAUUAAUCUGAACACAGCAAAUAUGUGGGGAAUUGUGAAGUCGAUUGUGGAUGUCUGCAUGAAGCUUGGAGAGGGCAAGUAUGUGCUUGUGAAGGACCCAGUGAAGCCGCAGGUGCGACUUUAUGAAGUGCCGAAUGACGCAUUUGAGAAUGACUAUGUUGAGGAACCUCUCCCUGAGGAGGAGCAAGUGCGCCCAUUUGCAGAGGAUGUUGAUGCUACCGCGCAGGAAAUGGAUGCUGCUGCAGAGGCGGAGGCUACUGGGACAGCUGCUGCCGCAGAUGGAGAUGCUGAGAAGACCGCUGAGGCUGCUGCUGUGUGAAGGCAGAAGGCUAAAGAGGUCUCUUUGCACCUUGAAUAAAGGUUACCGCAGCUAUCUUUCCACUCUCAAGUGCUGCUUAAUAGAUGUUUCUACAUGUCGUGCUUAAGCUAUUGUCGUUUUGUUGAACCAGUGAGUUGCUUAUCUUUCUGUACUGUGUGUUCCUGUCCUAAUUUCUGUCAAAUUAGGAACGCUUUUGUUGCAAAUAACAUGUUGCACUGUUAGAUUUU